AUGGCCCUCGGAUUCGAGGGCCCGGGCAGGGCGUUCAACGGGGCGGACGUCAUCAUUGUUCAGAGCACAAACGGUCAGUGCACCGUGGGCGACUACUGGGCGCAAUCCGCAGGCGAAUUUCGACUCGACAACCUCUUGGGCGGAGACGAUGACCUGCUGGACGCCACCUGCGCUGUGUCCGGGAGAGAGAUUGUGGCCAGCUUCAAGAGGGCAGCGACCUCCGUGGACCCCCUGGACCGAGACAUGCGUUCGGAGGGAUUCACCAACACAAUACUUGCCUGGGGCGUCACGAGCGACGUUGCGAUAGUCUCUGAGAAGACCAGCCGCCUUCAAAUCAACUUCUACGCAGCACGCGACGCAGAUGCCACCGAAGCUUACGUAAUCUCUCCGCCGCUUCCCAACGCCUCGGAAGGGGUGCCUGGCGUGCCUCCCGCCCCCGGCGCUCCACCCAACGCAAAUGGAGACCCUAGAGACGGUCGAGCAGCGACCAUCACUGGAGAAACGACUCUGGAUGCCGACCGGAAGUUCACUCUGUCUUGGGAACUGGCACAAGGCAGCGUCACGUUCACUAUGGAGGUGGAUGGGGAGGGAUUCAUGGGCAUAGGCAUCCCUGGCACUGACAAGAAUAUGCACCUGGCGGACAUCAUCGUGGCUGUGGCGGACGGCGCCACGUGCGAGGUGAACGACUACUGGUCCGAGACCUUCGCGCGGCCCACGCCCGACGAGGACAUCGGCGGACAGGACAGCCUGACGGCCAAGUCGUGCGAAGUCGCCGACGGCCACAUGAGUGCGACCUUCACGCGGUCCCUGGUGGUGCCCGAUGAGUUCGACAGGGAAAUCCCGGCGCAGGGUUUCUCUCUCAUCUACGCCUUCCACGAGGCGCCACGGGGGAUGCAGUACCACGGAAACAAGAG